AUGGACAAUAACCUACCUGAGAUCGUAGUUGGUGAAUGUAAUAUUGGCACAAAAUGUUUUUUUAAUAAAGUAUAUGAAGGCGAUAAUGACAUGGCUGCUGUUUUGGCCAUUGGCUUAGACACUACUAAUGACAUUGGGAACGUUGGUGUGAAUGUUGCUGUGAAUGUUGUCAUGAACUGUGUUGUGAAUCCUAAUCUAGACAUUUGUGUGAAAGAAACUGAGCAUGUCAAUGUUAUUACAAUAGAGAAGGAUCAGUUGUUUGAUGAUUUUGAUCACACAAAAAAACGCAUAUGA